ACACGAGUUGAGAGGUCGAAAAGAGAAGCCGGUGAGUAAAUGACAGCGUGUGGAUUUUCACACAUAAUAAAGUGCCUCCCAUGGCUGGAAGGCUGCUGAGAUUGUCGACUGUUGGUACGGCACUGUUCACCUCCUCAGGAUUCUACCUUUACAACAGACCAGUGGACAUCAAUGACAUCAGCCUUGUCCGCUUCGGGAGGGCUGCGGCCACCACGGCGAUCAUCAGCUAUGACUACCUCACGUCUCUGAGGCAUGUGGAGCACGGCACAGAGGAAUACUGGGCACUCAAGUCCAAGCUUCACCGCAGGUCGGCGGAGCGCCUGCGGGACCUGUGCUGCGCCAACCGGGGCACCUUCAUCAAGGUGGGCCAGCACCUGGGCGCCCUGGACUACCUGCUGCCGGAGGAGUACACGUCCACGCUGCGCGUGCUGCACAGCCGCGCGCCCCAGAGCUCCCUGGAGGAGAUCCGGCAAGUGCUCCGGGAAGACCUGGGCAAGGAGCUCUCAGACCUGUUCGUCGCCUUCGAGGAGAAGCCCCAGGGCGCCGCCUCCUUGGCCCAGGUCCACAAGGCCGUGCUGCGUGAUGGGAGGACUGUGGCCGUGAAGGUCCAGCACCCCAAGGUCCAGGCGCAGAGCUCCCAAGACAUCGUGCUCAUGGAGGCGCUGCUGAGGAUGGUCCACUGGGUGUUCCCAGACUUUGCCUUCAUGUGGCUGGUCGAGGAGGCCAAGAAGAAUAUGCCUCUGGAGCUGGACUUCCUCAACGAGGGGCGCAACGCAGAGAAGGUGGCCGGCAUGCUGGGGCACUUCCCCUUCCUCAAGGUUCCUAAGAUCCACUGGGAUCUGUCCACCAAGCGGAUCCUGACCAUGGACUUUGCCGAGGGAGGCCAGGUCAACGACAGGGACUACAUGAGGAGGCACGGCAUCAACGUCAACGAGAUCUCUCAGAACCUGGGCAAGAUGUACAGCGAGAUGAUCUUUGUGCAUGGCUUCGUGCACUGUGACCCCCACCCAGGGAACGUGCUGGUGAGACGGAGCCCCCAGAGUGGCCAGACGGAGAUCGUCCUGCUGGACCACGGCCUGUACCAGGUCCUGCACCCAGACUUCAGGAUGGACUACUGCCGCCUGUGGCAGGCCCUCAUCAAGGGGGACAUGAAGGGCGUGGAGAGGCACAGCCGGAGCCUGGGGGCAGGAGACCUCUACGCCCUGUUCGCCUGCGUGCUCACCGCCCGCUCCUGGACCUCUGUCACAGCCGGCAUCAGCAGCACCCCUGUCACGCACUCGGAGGACGUGGAGAUCAGGACCAACGCGGCGCUCUACCUCCCCCAGAUCAGCGAGCUGCUGAACCGCGUGCCCCGUCAGAUGCUGCUGCUGCUGAAGACCAACGACCUGCUGCGGGGCAUCGAGACCACGCUGCAGACCCGGGCCAGCGCCUCCUCCUUCAUCAACAUGUCCCGCUGCUGCACGCGCGCUUUGGCCAGGCACCAGAGGAGCAAGGCGCGCUGGAGGACACAGCGAUUGCAGAUCACCCUGUGGGAGUGUGUGAGCCUCUGGCAGAUCAGUGUGUACGAGAUGUUCCUCUGGGUCAAGGGUUCAAUGCUGGGGUCCUGGGUCUCCGGUCUGCUUACCUUGCUGCACUAGACACACACACACACACAUCUACACAAACACACACAUCUAUGCACACAUUCAUGCAUACCUGCAAACGACCAUACCUUCAUGUAAACCCUGAGAUGCAAGCAACAUGUGAACACGCGUGACCACAAACAGACAAUAGACAAUCUUCUUGAAACGCACAGAAAAUGCAGUACCGUGGACGGUGGCAUGUGGACAGCGAGGAGGAUCAACCUGUCUUGACAUCAUCUGAAAAUGACAGAUAGAUUGGGGGGGGGGG